AUGGAAGAACCCAUGGACCUUCAUCAUCCUCAUCAUGGAAGAUCUCUUGGACCUUCAUCAUCCUCACCAUGGAUGAGUGCUUGGACCUUCACCAUGGAAGAUCUCUUGGACCUUCAUCGUCCUGAUUGUGGAGGAGCCUCUUGGACCUUCAUCAUCCUCACCGUGGAUGAGUGCUUGGACCUUCACCAUGGAAGAUCUCUUGGACCUUCAUCAUCCUCACCAUGGAAGAAGAACCCAUGGACCUUCAUCAUGGAAGACCUCUUGGACCUUCAUCAUUCUCACCAUGGAAGAAGAACCCAUGGACCAUCAUGGAAGAUCUCUUGGACCUUCAUCAACCUCGUCAUGGAAGAACCUUUGGACCUUCAUCCUCCUCAUCAUGGAAGAAGAACCCUUGGACCUUCAUCAUCCUCACCGUGGAUGAGUGAUUGGACCUUCAUCAUGGAAGAUCUCUUGGACCUUCAUCAUCCUCACCAUGGAAGAACCUCUGGACCUUCAUCAUCCUCACCAUGGAAGAUCUCUUGGACCUUCAUCAUCCUCCUCACCUCCGCCCCUCCCCCGCUGCCGCCCCUGCCCCACCCUGCCUCAGUUUCCCCGUUCCUUCCUGCCUCAGUUUCCCCAUCCGUUCCUGCCUCAGUUUCCCCAUUCGUUCCUGCCUCAGUUUCCCCGUUUUCCCUCCGUUUUUUCCCAAAUUUUUUGGGUUUUUUUUUCCUUUUUCCGUUUUUUCCCAAUUUCCCGACAUUUCCCCCCAAUUUUUAUGAUUUUUAUUCCCAUUUUUUGUUCAUUUUUCUUCCUUUUUGCAUCAUUUUUCCCUCAAUUUCCAUCAUUUUUUCCCAUUUUUCCCCAUUUUUCCCCAUUUUCCCCCAUUUUUCCUCCCUCUCACCCCAAACCCUUUCAUUUUUUCCCAAAUUUCCCCUUUUUCCACCCAAUUUUAAUCCAAUUCUUCCCCAUUUUCUCUCCAUUUUUUGGGUUCAUUUCCCUCCAUUUCUGCUCAUUUUUUCCCCGUUUUUUUUCCCAUUUUUCCCAUUUUUUUCCCAUUUUUCCCAUUUUUUCCCCGUUUUUCCCCAUUUUUAUUCAUUUUCCCGUUUUUUUUCAUUUUUCCCGUUUUCCCUCCGUUUCUCCCCAUUUUCCUCUCGCUCUUUUCCCGUUUUUUCCCCGUUUUUGGUCGUUUUUGGUUCGUUUUUUUCCCGUUUUUUCCGUUUUUCAUAUUGAAAAGUCGCCCCCGGGUCCGGAAUAAACUCGGGAUGGAAAAGCCA